CGCCCUGAUCGCCUGAUCCGAAGUCAGAUCAGAUCUCGCACUUCAGCGAGCGCACCCCCUUGACAUCUUGCUCGGGGAAGUGGGUUAUCAUACCUUCGACACGUGGAAUUCCUGUCGUUACUCGACUGCUUGCGACUACCCACGAAAUCUCGUCACCUGGGAUGACAACCAACCAGCCAGCCAGGCAGCCAGCAUCGUCCCGAACUUCUCGAGCCUUCAUCUUCCCCGACAACGCGAACGCGCUUCCCUUCUAUUGUGGUCUAUUGUAACGAGACCAAACCUCCAGAAUGCCAAGACAGUCAGCACAGCCCGCGAAGCGCGGUCGUCCCGCCAAGUCCCAAGAACCCGCCGCCGCAGGCACGAAGCGGAAGGCCACUCAGCAGCCCGCGCGAAAGAAGUCGGGGCCUUUUGGGCUCUCCGACAGCGACGCGGCGACGCGGGUCGUCGUCGACGAGGACGAUGUCGAGGAGGCAGCGGAGGAGGAGGAUGAGGAGGAGGAGGGGGGAAGCGCCGACGCGCCCGAUAACACUAUCCCGCCCGAGCUGCUGACGCGGCUCCUCCACCUGUUCUUCGAGAAGGACGACACGCGGCUCAGUAAGGACGCGAAUGCGGCGGCGGGCAGGUAUAUGGACAUCUUUGUCCGAGAGGCCAUCGCGCGGUGUGUUCACGAGAGGCCCGGCGGCUUCCUCGAGGUCGAAGACUUGGAGAAGAUUGCGCCGCAGCUGCUCAUGGACUUUUGAGGAUCGGCGGCAACAAGUCGCAAUUGACAGCCCCCGAUCCUAUCGCGAAAGAUACCCGGAAUGUUCUUCACUACACAACUUCUACGUUUGGGAAGACGCUUCUCUCAAUGGGAAUGGAUGUGUUGCGACAGUAUCAGUUCAACAGAUCUUCUUGAAUGGGGAGACAGAUAUCGUCUCCAGCUUGCCGUUGCAGAAAGAGCCGCGGAAAGGUGCCUACAUUGUUCACCCUGCUGGUCUGCCAGAGAGGUUCUGGGAACCAGGAAGGGACGUGGCGGGACGUCCAAGAAUGCUCUACACAGGUGGGCAGGAAGUUGGUCAUCUAAACUAAAGCGCCCAGAAACUCUUCGGGCAGCCCGAAGGACUGCGGCCGGACCUAUUCCCUCAAAAGGUGUAAAUCCCCUGGCUUUGGUCACUCCACGUAGGCACCAUAUGGCGCCAAUGAAGACGCGAACAGACUGUGCGGCCCAGGCUUUCACACAAAGCCAUUGUGGUUGCGGCCUUGGCCCGUGGGCAAGCCUCUCACUUCUUCUUCCGGUCGAUCAGGUGGAUGUGCAAACGCAUUUCUGCUGUAACUAGCAGACAUGUUUGUCAAGCAGCGGAGCGGAGGUACACAGAAAGUACAUGAUGUUGAUCCUCUUCAAACAAAUAUGUGUAUACAUACAUGUCUUGGUUGCAUGUGCCGGACAGACGGCACUAAAACAAUAAUAAUUUGGAUACCCGCCGCCGGCCCGAUCGUGUGAUGGAUAAAUGC